GGCAUGUUUUGUUUACGAGGACGUCUACGCGGAUGUCGUGGGAAAUAAUUUUGAUUGUAGUGAAAAUCGCCAGGAUGUUUAAUAUUGGCAGACUUUGAAGGGGACGGCGUUGAGUGUAACCGAUCAUGGCUCGUCGCCGUCUUGAAGCAGCCAUCCGUGCUGGCCGUGCCAUUGAUAGCGAGCAGUCCAAAUCGCAAGGAACCUUCACCAAGCUGAUAUCGUUACACGACGUUGACAUCACAGACUACUUCGCUGGUGUGUACAGCCUGCAGUUCUCUCACGACGGCGAGCUGCUGGCAGUUGGCUGCGGAAAUGGAGGAGUCCUGCUGUACAGCACUCAGACGGGAGAGCUGGUGAAGACCUUGCACAAAGGAGGUCGCAUGGAGCUACCAGUCAUGGGGCUCAGUUUCCAUCCUGAGCAUAAAAACGAGCUGGUGUCGGUAGGUGCCGACGGUAACAUUAAUGUUUGGGAUACAGAAGAAGCAAAGAAGAAAAUGUUUAAUAAAGAAAAGAACAACGAGAUCAACGCGAUUGAUUUCAGUCUGGAUGGGGAUGUGUAUGCCACCGCAGGCAAGGAUCUCUGCGUCAGGCUGUAUGAUGCCCAAACAAAUGAGUUGCUGCUGAUGUACGAGGGCUCCAACCAGCUGCGUCUAGAGAGCGAAGAUGAGAACGACUUGGGCCACGGCAGGAGGAUUUUUGCUCUCAAGUUCCACCCGGAUGACAACAACAUCUUUGUCACCGGAGGAUGGGAUAACUGUCUCAAGAUUUGGGACAAGCGAACGAGUCAUGGUGUUCAGGGAACUAUCGGCGGUCCUCAUGUAUGCGGAAAUGGCAUUGACAUCAAGGCUGGGAAGAUUCUCACUGCAUCCUGGGUAGCGAGCAGUGCACUUCAGCAGUGGGACCUAGCCGCGGGUAGGCUUGAGCAGUCCAUCCCACUCUCAGGAACCGACAAGAGGGGAGAAUUCCUUUACUGUGCACAGUUUUGUGACAAUAACGUCGUCUUGGCAGGGGGGAGUGGAACGUGCAAUGCCCAGGCCAUCGACAGAGCAACCAACCGAUUGAUUGGCCGUGUUGAUCUGGAUGGCAAGGCUGUGCAAGCUUUGGACAGCACGGAUGGAGGGCGAUUCAUUGCAGUGGGCGGGUCUGCCCCAGUUGUUAAACUAGCUCAGCUGGUCUAGAGACCAUGAGCCGAUGGACUCAGAGGAUUUGGGUUUGUGUUGGAGACUUGGGUAAGCUUUGGCUAUGUUGAACGGUACUGUACUGGACCCAAUCAGUUUCAGCUAAAUCCGUCCCAACAAUGCAGCAGAGAUCAACUUGCCUAUUGGUGCGUAUGUUAGCUUGAAGGAAUUGCUCAGUUUGAAACCAGUUAUGAAAGUUGCUUUGAAGCAGCCAAAAGAAUGUUUGUUCUUUUGUGUUUAUCUUUUAGAAAUUUGUAUAAAUUCAUAAAACUGCUCUUAAUCCGUCCACGGUUUUGAAGUAACACCUUGAGCGAGUUUUCUUAGAGAACUGUGUAUAUAUAUAUGUAAGUUUGUAUUAUAUGCUAGUUUUUGUUGAGACCAAAUUUGGUCCUGAAUUUUGUUAAAGUCAAUAUGUUGUUCUGUCAUGAAGUUAAAUAGGCCUGAUAUUGUAUUCAAAUACUGUUAUCAUGCUGCAUACAGAUGCAAAGCAGAGUUAAUUUUUAAAAAUGGAGAGAAAAUUCUGGGUAUUGGGUAAACUUCCGCUUGAUUAGAUUACCCCAAAAAAAGAAUAAAUAAAAUGAAAGUUAAAGAUUAACAGUGUAUGUUGGCUGUUUCUGUUGGCUGUUAGUGGAGGAAAAAAUAUUUACAGUAACUGGAAGAGGGGAGGGAACUCGAAAGUAUUCAGUGCUGCGUCUGAAUCUGUUGUCUAGAGCUAGGUCUAGGACUUUGCCCCAUGGGAAUAUGUUGAGACACCAAGACAUUAGACCGCUGUAGCUCUGGAAGCCUGUUUGGGACACAGCCAGAGAUUCGGCAGUUAUGGCUCCUGUACGUUGAGGUGAAAGUUCACUGGUCCCUUGUCUGUAGUUCACGUACGCAGUACAUGAUGGAUACCAGGGAAGUAUCACUUCAACAUGUCUUUACUCAAGCUAGAGAGCUACAGUGUGUUUUUUCCACUGUCCAAGUAUGAGCCUUGGGUGAUUGUUUUAUUGGGGAUGAUCCUUGAAAACAAGUGUCAUCAGGGAGCGUCCUUUGGCGGGAAAGGAAAAUGUUAGUUUCUUGUGUAGGUGGAAGCUGCCUCAAUGUCAUUGUGAGAAAACCCACUUGAUCCUGUAUUUGUUGUUCACCAGUUGGGAUUCCAACAGGGCACGUAGCAUGUGCCGACCUACAGAACACAUCUUGAACAGUUCGAUCAAUGUGAGUGCCUUCCAUCCCCUCCUUAACACUACCUAGCAUCUAUGAGUUUCUCUAUACAUGUAUACUUGUAGAUGUUAACGAAUGUGGUGUGUGAAAUGAAAUAUGAACCAUUAAAUUAUGGUCGGCUGUCCAUCAUGAAAAAAAAGGAAAAGCAAUUCUAUUUUCUCAAAAUCUACAGCAUUCUGGGCAGGAAUAUUUUACAGACUGACUGAGGCUGUUAUGUACUUUCUUUCAAGUAAGAUAUUCCGGGAUUAUAGGGUUGUCCGAUUUUGGGGAUUUUACAAAUGUGUAACCUCCAAUGUACCUUUAAGGCUUUACUAGCAAAAAAUCUGUCAGUUUUAUGUUGACCUUUCCCUAAUCUUGCCAAGAGUGAAGAUGUAUUUCUGUUGAGGUGCACGGAAGUUUGGAACUUGUUUGUACCCAGUGGCAAAGUGUUGCUGUUUUUUGAGCUCGGUUCUGAUGAUGUCACUGUUUGAUGACAGGUUGAGGUUCUUCCCCUUGCUGCGAGCAAGCAGGCAGAGUUAUUCAUGCAGGUUGACGUAAGAUAAUGCCAUGUGCUCAACCACAUUUAAGUGGUCUCUGUUCCAUUGUGCUGAGUUCUGUUAACUGUAAAUACAAUCAGAUAUUCAA